AUGCCUCGCAUCCCAUCCUUCACACUCACAGCUCUUCACCCGACCCGGUCCUCCCUCCUCCUCCUCCGACCACAACGCCGUUUCGCCGCCUCCAGCGCCUCAUCCUCGUCCCGAAACGUGGUAGUCGACCAAACCAAAGAGAACAACGACCCUAAUAACGACCAGAAAAAGGGCCAGAAGGAAGCAGCUGCUCAGACGACUUCUAGUGAACAGGGAGAUCACCCAGCGAAGCAGGCUGAUCCGCAGAAGAGUCCGGAGAGAUCGACGGGGUUUCAGACGGAGGGACCUGGGUCGUCGAAGGCUGGAGAGGGGGGGAAGAAGGAGAUGGGUGGUGAGCCGUUGAAGGAGGAGGGGUCAGGGGAUACGAUUGAUAAUUAUACGAAGAAGUAG